AUGGUGUUGCCAUAUCUUCAAUUCGUUGCAACUGCUGUUUCACAUAUUCCAAGUCCCACCCUCACGCCAUCAUACCUGCCUUCAAAAUUAACACUUCAACAGGUGACGGAAAAGCUGGGCAUUGAUUUCAAUGCAUACAAGCAAGAAUAUAUGUGGGCUUUGACAGAGAAUCAGUUGAAGCAGAGUGCUCAGAAGCCUCUGUCUAGCUGGGCUGCAACUGCCAUAGAGAAGAUUCUCGACUCUCCUGCAUUGUCAAGGUUUCGACGUGAGGCAUCCACCUGUACACUGUUUGAUAUUCUACUUGCGGAUCGACUGGAUCAACUGGAUGAUUUAGGCGCCAACAACAAAUUGUGUGUUGGCUAUGAGGUGCCUAUGACUGCAACAGUGAAGCAGGAGCAUGGUGGUGGCACAAUCUCUGGCAGAGCAGAUUGGUCCCUAGGCUACAUGGAGGAUACAACUAGAUUGGAACAAAUGCUGAUAGUACUUGAAGCCAAAUUUUCUGUCCAAGUAGAUAACAUGGCCCAGAAAACUGCGAACUCGACUAUAAAACAUUUCGACGAUCAUCUAAAGAUGACAUACGAUAUUCCUGGCGAGGAAUCUGCUGCUGGUGGAAGUGAAGAUGAUGCGACAUUUGAUGUUAUUGAAGUUGAUGGUGUCUCAAUUCUGAUAUCUCACCGAGCCAACCGCGGUGAUUCAAGUUUGAAAUCUAUCGAUUGCUAA